AUGCCCACACCAAUAGAAGAAACCAAAAAGCUGAAGUUCGGCGAGAAGAUACUCAAGAAAGGAACCAAGCUAAGUGAGGACCAAGAACAAAGGCUAUCAAAGUUGUUAGGCGACAAUUUAGAUCAUUUCGCCUGGAGUCACAAGAACAUGCCAGGUAUAGACCCAAACUUCAUCUGCCACAGGAUGGCAUUGAAUCCAGGGGCUAAGCCUAUAACCCAAACUCGCCGGAGAAUGGAAAACGAAAAAGAGAAGGCCAUCCAGCAAGAGGUAAACAAGUUGCUAGCAGCGAACUUCAUACGGGAAAUAAAGUACGCUACUUGGUUGGCAAAUGUGGUGAUGGUCAUGAAGGCGAACGGGAAGUGGCGAAUGUGUGUGGAUUAUACAGACUUGAACAAGGCAUGCCCAAAGGAUUCCUAUCCCUUGCCGAGCAUAAUUAAGCUGAAUGCGGGGGCGACGUAUCAACGGUUGAUGGAUAGGGUGUUUGAAGGACAGGUAGGAAGGAAUAUGGAGGUAUACGUUGACGAUAUGAUCGUUAAAUCGGUUUUGGGAUCGAACCAUCAUGAGGAUUUGAUGGAGGCCUUCGGUAAGAUUCGGAAGCAUAACAUGAGGCUUAAUCUGGAAAAAUGUUCUUUCGGCAUACGGGGUGGGAAGUUUUUAGGCUUCAUGAUUACAUCCAGAGGAAUCGAAAUUAAUCCAAAUAAGUGUAAGGCAAUCCAUGAGAUGAAAAGCCCAAGCAAUGUGAAGGAGGUGCAGAGACUAAUCGGGCGGAUCGCGGCCUUAUCUCAUUUUCUCCCUCACUCGGGCGACAAGUCAGCCCCAUUCUUCAAAUGCCUCAAGAAAAAUGCGGCAUUUGAGUGGAAUUCAGAGUGCGAGGAGGCCUUCACCCGCCUCAAGGAGAUGAUGUCCGCCCCACCUGUCCUUUCGAAACCUGUCCAAGGCCUUCCUUUGCAUUUGUACUUCUCUGUCAGUGAUCACGCAAUAAGCUCGGUGAUCCUUCAGGAGGUAGAUAGAGAGCAAAAGAUAGUUUAUUUCGUGUUGCAGAAGCCAGACUUGUCGGGAAGGCUCGUCGCAUGGUCAGUAGAGUUGUCGGAAUAUGGAUUGCAGUACGACAAAAGGGGGAAGGUCGGUGCCCAGACCUUAGCGGAUUUUGUGGUGGAAUUGACGGCGGAAAAAGGGGAAAAGGUGAGCACGCAAUGGAUAUUGUUUGUCGAUGGGUCGUCGAACAACAACGGAAGCGGGGCUGGGGUCACGCUGCAGGGGCCCGGGGAGUUGGUGUUCGAACAGUCCCUCAGAUUCCAGUUCAAAACCAGCAAUAACCAAGCAGGAUACGAGGCUCUUAUUGCGGGCUUAAAACUGGCAAUUGAGGUGCAAAUCGAUAGUCUGCUGGUGGUAGUUGAAUUCGUGCCAAGGGCACAAAACCAAAGGGCGGACGCCCUAGCGAAGCUAGCAAGCACUAGGAAGCCUGGCAACAACCGGAGUGUGAUUCAAGAGACGCUCGCCAAUCCCAGCAUAGAGGGGGACUUGGUGGCUUUGGUUGAUUGCCAGGAAACUUGGAUGAACCCCAUCAUCGAUAUUCUGGCGGGAGGACCAAGUGACGUGGUAAAAUACUCAAAGGCGCAAAGGAGGGAGGCGGGGCACUACACGCUACUCGAUGGGAUACUCUUUCGGAUGGAAUUUAGUUCACCCCUCCUAAGAUGUCUUCCACCUGAGAAAUACGAGGCUGUUAUGACGGAGGUUCAUGAGGGAGUUUGUGCAAGCCACAUUGGAGGAAGGUCGCUGGCGAGCAAAGUCCUCAGAGCGGGUUUCUAUGGGCCUACGAUAAGGAAGGACUGUGCAGAGUUUGUGAGGAAAUGCUAG